GUCUGGGCACACAGCGUGUUGGAAAUCCUUCACACGGCGCAUCAACCUCGUGUUUCGGAUGGAGAAUGUGGAACAUUGCUGGUGAAAAUGAAUAUUGGCUCUAAAAAUAAGAAACGGGUGGUCCUGCCCAGCCGACCCGAGCUCCCCACUGUGGGUCAGAUCCUGGAGGACAUCAACAAAGCUGCUCCUGAUGAUCCGGUUUUCAGCAUCCUGGAGAAAACUGAACAAGAGUCGACCCGGCCUGCCGACAGCGAGGCGGCGCUCCGGUUCCAGCAGUGUCGUCGGUAUUUGGAGCUGAACGGUGGACUGGAGGAGGCUCAGGGUCGGUUGCAGAAACAGAGGCAGGAGCUGCAGGCGGCGGGGGAACAGCUGGACAGAACGGUGGAAGAGGUCAAAGGUCAAGUCCUCUGACUCAACACCUGAUGCGUCUUCUUCUAGAGACUCUGCUUCUUCUCUCUGGACGUCUUCCCCUUCAUACCCUGACAGGGCUGUGCCGGACCCUCAGGGGCCUUAGAGUCACACGCAGUCAGACCCACAAUGUUAGCUGACCUUUGACCCCAUAUCUAAAAGAUCCCUGAGUGUUUACGACGAUGAAAUCUGUGUUGUGCUCUAAAGUCAGAGAUGUGACAAUUUAAAUAAAGAAGGAAAAAUGUGGAAUGUCAAA